AUGGACCAAGCUUCGAUAGACACUCGACCUCCCAAACCUCGGUCUAGGUCAAAUACUGGGGCUUCAAACAAGAGCAGAAAACGCCCUCUUUCGCGCGCAUCAACCACCAGUGUACAUAGCGGAGCAACUCAGGCCCCCUUGGAGCAGCAACUCGUAGAUCCAGCUGCAGAGUUCCACUGGUACGAUCAAAACGCUCAUGCACACCAACGAAGAUUCGAGUCCUUGAAUCACCAAAUGACUCCCGAGGAAACCAUCAUCCAUUCCGCAUCCCAGCUCCAGAAUCCUCGAGAUUAUGACAUAGAUCCUGCGCUUGGUGGAGUUCCACAUCAUCCUAUGUCUUACGGUCCCGAAAGCCAAUAUAAGAUGGAAAAUGGACGGCAAUCAAUGCCGACAGAAGUGUAUGGUGCGAAUUAUGGCGAAGUGGAUAGCCAGGUCAUGGAACGCAGUGACGAGCAAGAUGAUGUCGAUUCGGUUGCAGGAGCCAGUGCGCCUACGAAGAAAGCAUCAAAGUCGAGUGCCGCAAAUGAAUUGGAGAUGAGACAGCUUUUCCAAGCAAACAAGCAUCGCAGUUUACCUGAGAUAGCUACUGAGCUUCAUGGGAAUGAAAGGGGACCGCAAUCUGAACGCCAGCGACAAGUCUUUGCUAUGCUUUGGUACGUGUGUUCGAAUGGCAAAGGCUCCGUACCUCGCGGUCGAGUAUACGCAAACUAUGUUUCAAGAUGUGCUACCGAACGAGUUACGGUCCUCAAUCCUGCCUCGUUCGGUAAGCUAGUCCGUGUAUUGUUUCCCGGGUUGAAAACGAGAAGACUCGGAGUCCGCGGCGAGUCUAAGUAUCACUACGUGAACUUCAGCCUCAAGGACGAUCAACCAGAAUUGAAUACUGCUCAAAAGCAGCAACCCGUCCCAAGCUUCAAUCAGACAGACAGUUUUGCGACGACAUUCAACAAUAGCAUGAUGUCCCAAGCCCAAUACCCCGUGGACCGGGCAGCAUUUCCAUCUCCUGAGAUCCCUCAGAUGCCAGAACCCAAAGCUCAACGAUUAGAGGGAUUUGUCAGACCGCACAGUCUAUAUCAUCAGCCAGAACUCCACAGCAUUCCCCAGCUUGAGAGUACUACCUCGAAAAUGGCCCAACGCCUUCGGUUCGCACCCCUAAGCGAGCCAGCUUCAGAAUACGAGUCCCUUUCGCUGCCAAACAUUGAGCCUCACGUUCCUACUGGCACAGAUCGAGACUCUGCUACAGCUCUAAGUGCUCUCUACCGCUCUCAUUGCACGUCCUUGGUCGAUGCCUUACGAUUUUGCAAAGAGAAGACCUUCUUUCACCUAUUUACAUCUUUCCAUGGCACACUCACAAUGCCAGUACAAAAACUUUUUGCUAAUCCCAGUAUCGCUCCAUGGAUCGAAGAAUGUGACUUUCUAAUGUACCAGAAAAUGAUGCGAGUCGUCGCCCCGCUCACUCUUCAGGUCGCUCCAAAACCCGUGCUGGACACUUUGAAGAAUAUUUCAGAGAGACUGGUCUCACACAUCCAAAGCUCAUUCCACGGUCACCCGAAUCAUGUCAUCCAGGCCAAAAUUGCACCAGCAACCCUUUUCGCCGGUCUAUUGGACCGGGAAUUGCGAGUCAACUUGACAGCACAUGCUGCUGCCAAUAUGUUAUCCAAUCCGGCAAAUCGUGAUCAGAUGUAUGAGGAUUGGAUCACUCAAGUUCGGACCAGGAAGAUUGCCGAAUGUGUGCCUACACGUGGUAUGGACGAUGUUGUCAAUCUACUCCUCACAGAGCUGCGAGACCUUUUAGACCCGGUUGGUGUGCCAUGGGAGUUAGAAGGACUUACGCCCUAUGGGGAGAUGGCUUUGCGAACAGGUCGUCAACAACAGGCUAGCAUACAUACGGACUCUUCUACUGAGAAUGUCUUGGAUCGCUGGGUCAACUUUCUCUUGUCACUGCCAGGCAAAUUCCCGUACGCUACACAUGCAGAAAUUGUAUGGUGUGUGCAGAGCGUUGGCACUGCCGUGAUGAGAGAUAUCACAAUUGCACAAGGGAAGAGCUUCGGCGCUUGGUGGGUGACUAAGUGUUGGAUUGAUGAGAUGAUCGCUUUCAUGGCCGAGCAAGGCGGAUUCAUGGAGUACAAAACUUCUCAGUCUGUGCGUACCGAGCAUGGUCAACAGAAUGCUCCAAGCAGAGCCACCAGUCAUCAUGAGAGCAGGUACAGCAGCGGUAGUGACGAAUUCCUUCAGGAGAACGGACAUCUCGAUGGAAGCACGGUGGUACCACGACCAAUGGACUUGACAAGCCAAGCUGCUAUCAACGCUGCUGCUGGUCACGAUGACAGUGGUAUCAGUAUGCCGACUCCUGAGGAUGACUUUUCGACUAUGGAGAAGUAUCAAUUUCGUCAAAGCAGCUCACAUCCUGCCGCAAUGACUAAUGAUACAAAUCACGGAUUGUCACUAGCAUCACUGGUGUAA